AUGGCGGCUCAAGUUACUGCGUUUAAGCGAUUGGAAUAUAAUGUUUGCGGAGAGCUUCUUUUGAAGAAUGUGUUACAAGUUGGCCAGGCGUUCAGAUGGAUUUUGGAAGAGGAAACAGGGCACUAUUAUACCACGAUGAUGAUCCCAACGAUUUCAGUAUCGUCUGGGAUUGUCAUCCUGAGGCAGACAGAUGAUUCUGUAGUCGAAUAUGCAUAUUCUCAUGAAAAAUGGACAAGCGAGCAAGUGGAGAGACAUCUCUUUUCCUAUUUUCGUUUGGAUAUAAGACUGCUUGAAGUUCACGAAAAAGAGUGGAAGCUGACGGAUCCAAAUUUUGCCCAUGUAUCCACACAAGGUGUCAGGAUACUUGCACAGGAGCCCUGGGAGACCCUUGUAUCUUUCAUAUGUUCCUCAAACAAUAAUAUCAGCAGGAUCACCAAGAUGUGCCACGGUUUGGCAGAGAAUUUUGGAACUCAAGUGGGCAAAUACUGUGGUACUGUUCUUUAUUCUUUUCCCACCAGUGAACAAAUACUUGAAAAUGGAACCGAGGAUCAGUUGCGGAAACUAGGGUUUGGAUAUAGAGCAAAAUAUAUUAUGGAAACUGCAAAGGCAGUCGUCGCUGAAAAAAAGAAGCAUGGGCUUGACUACGAUUAUCAGCUUCUUGAGCAGAUGACCACAAGGGGACAGUCAUAUGAGAUGUCCAGGGAGUAUCUAAUGCAAUUCACUGGUGUAGGACCCAAGGUUGCAGAUUGUGUAUGCCUUAUGGGCUUGCGGAUGGACCAUGUGGUCCCCGUUGAUGUUCACAUUGGUAGGAUUGCUAAAAGAGACUACAACAUUACAGCCACGAAGAAAGAACUUGCCGAACUCAAAUCCGAAUAUAACAAUUUACCGAUUACAAGGAAAAAGGUCAACCUGGAACUAGACCACAUUCGAAGACAAUUGUUUGAAAAAUGGGGGACAUAUGCUGGAUGGGCUCAAGGUAUCUUGUUCUUCAAAGAAGUAGGGUCUACAAACGGAUCUACAUCGGAGGGCAAGAUUAAAAAGAGGAAGUUGGAAAAAACCACUGAGGUAACCCCCAUUGACGAUAAGACUUUCUUGAAAUUGAAAGUAGCAAAAGUUGAAGCGUAA